AUGCGCCUUCCGCCGCGCAGCAUUGUGGGCGCCGUAGUACGGCUCGGCGUUGAGUAUUUGCAUCUAUCUCCUGCCUGUGGCAUGGCACCCUCUGGCUCAGCAGUGGCAGGAGUAGAGAAGCAGCCCUCCUUGGACCCCAGCCCGGGCCAGGAGCUCAAGUCCUGGCGGGGCCUGGUGUUCUGCCUCUGCUUUUACGGCUUCAUGGCACAAAUGCGGCCUGGGGAGAGUUUCAUCACACCCUACCUACUAGGGGACAGAAAUUUCACCAAGAAGCAGGUCACCAACGAGAUCACGCCGGUGCUGUCCUACUCCUACCUGGUGGUCCUGGUGCCAGUCUUCCUGCUCACUGACUACCUGCGUUAUAAGCCAGUGCUGGUGCUUCAGAGCAUGAGUUACGUGUCCUUGUGGUUGCUUCUGCUCUUUGGCCACACCGUGCUGCAUAUGCAGUUUAUGGAAUUCUUCUACAGCAUCACCAUGGCCGCCCGGAUUGCCUACUCCUCCUACAUCUUCUCCCUUGUGCCCCCUGCCCGUUACCAGCGCAUGGCCAGCUAUUCACGGACCGCUGUGCUCUUGGGUGUCUUUACCAGCUCUGUACUGGGCCAGGUACUUGUCUCCGCAGGCCGCCUCUCCUUCACUGUGCUCAACUACAUAUCCCUGGGCUUCCUUGUCUUCAGCCUUCUGCUCACCCUUAUUCUGAAGCGCCCCAAGCGCAGCCUCUUCUUUAACCGCAGUGUGCCCACUCACCAUGCUGCCUUGCCCUCUGAGCUAGACCGCAUGGCCCCAGGUAGCCCCAGCAAGCCAGCCAAUGGCAAGCUUAAACUCACGCUGCUGGCAGCCUGGCAGGACUCGGUGCUCGUCCGCAUGUUCCGAGAGCUGGGUGCCAGCCUACGACUGCCACAACUACGUCUCUGGUCCCUCUGGUGGAUCUUCAACUCUGCCGGCUACUACCUGAUCCUCUACUAUGUGCACAUCCUGUGGAACAUGGUGAACCCGACCAGGGACAGCUCAGUGGUCUACAAUGGUGGUGCGGAUGCUGCCUCGACUCUGCUGGGUGCCGUCACCUCCUUUGCUGCAGGUUUCGUGAAGAUCCACUGGGCCCUGUGGUCCGAGCUGGUCAUUGCCGGUGUCACAGUCACCCAGGCUGGCCUCAUUUUCCUCAUGUACAGCACCAGCAACAUCUGGGUCUCUUAUGUCACCUUCGUGCUCUUCCGUGGCGCCUACCAGUUCCUGGUGCCCAUUGCCACGUUUCAGAUUGCAUCUUCUCUAUCAAAAGAGCUCUGUGCCCUGGUCUUUGGGAUCAACACAUUCCUUGCCACCAUCCUCAAGACCACAAUCACAGUCAUCGUAUCAGACAAGCGGGGCCUGGGUCUCCCAGUCCGCUCACAGUUCCUCAUCUACUUCAAGUACAUGCUGAUGCUGUCUGUGAUCUACUUCUUGGGGGCCCUGCUGGUGGGCCUGCGGCACUACCGCCAGGGCCGCCACCAUCCCCUGCCCCUGGCCCAGGAGAUGAUGAACCCAGCAAAGGAGACGACCACACAGGUGCUGGGUGUACAAGACAAGGGAUUUGCCAGCCUUCAGCUCACCACCCUGCCACUGCCACCAGAGGAGAGUGUGUGUGCCCCAGGGCCAGCCACCCAUGAGCAGAGCCCCCUGCCCGAGGAGAAGGCCUGA